AUGCUUACCAGACCUAUACUUAGGGGUCGGAUUGGCAAGUGGAUCUUGGCGUUAUCAGAGUUUUCUUUACAAUAUACACCUUUAAAGGCGCUCACAAGACAGGCAGUGUUCGACUUUUUGUUGCAUCAUCCUAUUAUUGAGGAUAUCGAAGACCAGAACUUGGUUGUUUCCUUUAUCCACACUCAGCCUUGGGUUCUGUAUUUUGAUGGCAGCAGUACUGAUCAUUUAUCAGGAGCAGGUGUUGCAUUGGUUAACCCUUCGGGAGUAAGACAUUGUUAUUCCUUUCAACUAGAAUGGAAGUGCACUAACAAUCAAGCAGAAUAUGAGGCAAUCAUCAUUGGCCUGGAAAUUUUGCUUGAUCUGGAAGUAACAGAGGUGGAAGAGCGAGCAUCGAAGUUGUUAGACCAAUUUACAAACGUGGUGCUUGAUUAUAUUCCUAGGGAACGAAACUUUGCUGCCAAUGAAUUAGCACAGUUGGCUACUGUUAUCCGCUUGGCAGAUGACGUUCGCGAGAGGAUUUUGAAGGUUCAGAGCCGCACAUUACCUUCUUUUAUGGCAAGGAAAGAAGUGAAGGAUGAGUGGUUGAUAGCGGUUAUUGACUCUAUUGCUGUGGAUUGGCGCCAACCAAUUAUCUAG